UGUUCAGUCGGAGAUUAAAUACAUACACAUUGAGAGUCUACAGUGACACUUCAGAGUGAAUAGCAAUUAUCAUGGAAAAAUAUUUGAUUGUUUCAUUUUGCGUUGUUGUUACAUUUAUUUCAACAGAAGCGAGACCUUGGUUUGAAUAUGAUAUGGACAGUGUUGAAGAUUAUCUAUCCUACGAAGAUAAUUAUGCACCAAAUGUUGAUACGGGCUAUAAUAGAGGAGACCCAUAUGAGAGUGAAAAUGGAGCUAACAGAAGAGGCAAAGAUUUAGACGCAUAUGGUAACAACGGAUAUGGUGGGUUUGGUAACAGUGGAUAUGACAGCAGAAGAUAUUUAAUUAGAUGUGAUGAAGAGGGCUGUAGAAGGCUCUCGAAUGCCCCCGUCCGCGUCGUCUUGAGUGAAUGUCCAGGCUGUAAAAUAAAUAAUUAUGGAAAUGGAAAUUACAAUACAAAUAUCUUCAAUCUUCAUGAAGGAAUGUACAAUUAACUUUUUUGAGAUGUUAUCAAAUAUUGAUAUAUGUGUCUGCUAAAUAUAAAUAUGUCAUAAGGAAAUAUAUCCACACUUAUACUGUCUCUUUAUUGAUGACCGAAAAAAUAUAAUCUAUAAAAAUAAAUAAAAUUUGAGUGUCUGUUUGUAAUUUAAAA